AUGAAUAUGGAUGAAGCCGAUACUCACCACGAAGAAGUCUGGGACGACUCUCUCCUGAUCGAUUCCUGGAACCAGGCUCUGAAGGAGUACAAAAAAUACCACAGCAUCCAUGCAAAAGGCGGCAACAUCCGAGACUUGGGAGAAGCCGACGCUAGUUCAUCCAAUAAGGUCACAGAGGCUCUCAAAGUGGACGAAUCAGGCAGUCAACCAGUGGCCGAGACCGUGACCGAGACCGAGAAACACGUCGAGGAACUGCCGAGCAACGACGCUGAUGCAGCAAUGAACGAUUCCUCUGAGCAGCAUAGCUCACAACCGGGGCACGGCUUAAGCUCCAUCCCUAACGCGUUUCCGUCUCAGGCAAUCCUUGGCACAGUGCGCGAUGACAAUCUGAAAAAGCUCCUCAUGUCAUGGUACUACGCUGGCUAUUAUACCGGCCUGUUUGAGGGGCAGCAGCAAGCACAGCAGCAGGCACCGCAGCCCUGA